AUGCUCACAUUCUGCUUGUUUUUGCUGGCUACUCUAGCGGUCCUGACAGCUACUGCACAGGCGCUGUACUCUCAAGGCGCGGACCUCUGGGAAGUUCUCAAGAGCUCUUCCAAGUGUUUGAAAGGCUUCGUGUCGCACCAGGACGACUACACCAGCUGCAGCGAGCUGACGAUGGUCGAAGAUGUUUCUUUUACCUGGAAUCCGGAUUCCGACAUGACAAUCCUGUUGGUAGGGGACCGUCUGACCUUGUCAAAUGGUUCGAAAAACACUGGCGACGCUGAGGCACCCAGUCUUCUCACCGAGCGCGCACAGAAUAUUUGUGGCAACGAAGGCCGCCAGCAGCGCGACAUAGGCGACUGUCGAGCUCGCCAGAGCAUCAAAUGGCCGAUGAGCGCUCACAAUUGCCUUAACGCCGGUGGCAAGUACUACAGCUGUAUCACUUUCACAUGGACACCCAAUUCGCCCAAGAAUCCACCUAUCAGGGUCCCCCACUACCACUGCGAGAGGAUUCAGAAUUGGAUCAGUGGCGAGAAAGGGGAGUGUUUUGCUUGA